CGUAUCCGGACUGCGAGAUUGAAGCGGUUGCACGGAUGAGCAACAUCUUCCAGCACCUCCUCGAGCGGCAGGUCCGCCCGACGUCCCAGCUGUCGCUGUACGAGCAUGGUAGCGUUUUGCGUCCGGCCCGUCUGCGACGCCAUGUGGCAGUGCACAAGGCUGCAGCGGUCGCGGAGCUCACGCUUGGCGGCAACAUGGUAUUUUGUCGUACGGACGACGGUGCUUGCUUUGCCAUCCACGGACACACCACGGCGUGCAUGAACCUCUCGCCCAGCGAGCGCGUGCGCUCCAUCUACUACAACCCAUUGAACGCGUCAAUUGUGCUCACGGCGACAUGGGACAAGGACGUCACGGACGAGUUGCACUGCCGGUCCGUGAGUCAUCGACACGCGUUGCGCAAGACGCCAUCGCCAGGCGUAGGACUUUUCGUCGGCGAGUCGCUCCGAUGGCCCGGAUUUGUCGAGUUUGACGAGGCCAACAGCAAGAUCCUGACGGCGUCGACGCCAGACAUGCGCUACAAGCUCUGGGACUUGCGCACAUAUGCGCUGCUCUACACGCUCGACAAUGCGGUGCCCAUGCGCGAGGUCAAGACAAGUCCGGGGAUGCUCUUGGCGCAAUGGGACACUCCUCGCGUUGCAUCGCGACUGGCCCCUUCGUUGUCUGUGCUCGACAUUGACACGGGCCAGGUCAUUGUCCACCUCGCGCCAGCCAUGCGGCGGCAGCGCAUCGUCUUGAUCGAGCUUUUCGACAACAUGCUCGUGUACAAGCAAGAGCACGAGCACCUCCACGUUCUCAACGUGACUACGAGCAAGUGCGUCGUGAUCCCCGCAACCCGGCACGUGCCCGUAAGUGGCUUUGCCUUCGUCUCCACCGCAAAGAUCUUCCUCGUGAUCGACCUCAUGGCGUCGGUCCGCGUGUAUUCCAUCUCGGGGUCGCUUCUCUCCACGUUCCACGAGACACCCGGCAGCGUCCACCAUGUGGUCGCUGACAACGUCAUCGUUUCGUGCGUACCCGUCGCUGGUACGUUGCGGCUACCUUACGUGCACAUCGAAAGACCAGCAGGUGGCGCCGAAUUGCGCGUGCGGCCGAGCCAUUUGCGCGAUAUGGCGGCGCAGAGAGCGACGAUCCUCCUCUCGACGCUGCCCACGUGCUUGGCGUACGAUGCGGACUCGGGCGACGUGUACGCGGGCGAUGCUCACGGAACUGUGAGCGUAUGGAGCACAUGGACAUAGUGUGUCCAAGUUAGUCCUUGGAUUUAGGAGUUUGUCGAGAUGUGAUAUCGGGCUUAAACUUGCGGAUGUUUUUGGAGCUA